UAACAUUAACAAAUCAAAUUUAUGUUUUUUCAAAUAUAUUGUGAACUAGACUUCGACUAGUACAAAACAGAAGUUUCGUGCCAACGAUUCUGACUUAAGUCAAAGAGUUACAGUUAAUCAACUUUUUGUGGUUCUCAGAGAUUAUAUAACACCAUUGCUUCAGCUAGGUAGGUGAUCGGUUGACCAAAAAAAAAAAGCUAGAUGACAACACCAUGCGCUGCAUGCAAGUACCUAAGGAGAAAGUGCACACAAGCCUGCGUGUUUGCGCCUUACUUCCCUCCUAACAAACAGGAAGAUUACACAGCGAUCCACAAGGUAUUCGGAGCAAGCCAAGUGGCUAAAAUUCUCAACGACCUUCACCCAAGCCAGAGACAAGACGCCGUGACCUCUCUCGUUUACGAGGCACAAACUCUUCUCCUUGACCCGGUCCAUGGCUGUUCUCUUCAGAUUUGCAACCUCCAACGUCAGCUUAAAGACCUUCAGGACCAAGUUCAAAUCGCCAGGAACGAUCUGGCCUCUUACAAUAAUAUCGUCCCAUCGCUUGACCUUCAGGACCAAGUUCAAAUCGCCAGGAACGAUCUGGCCCCUUACAAUAAUAUCGUCCCACCGCUUGACCUUCAGGACCAAGUUCAAAUCGCCAGGAACGAUCUGGCCCCUUACAAUAAUAUCGUCCCACCGCUUGACCUACCUCCUCCGAUUACGUAUCAGCAAAACAUUCACAACCCUAUGUUGAUGCCUGUUGUAUCUAAUUAUGGUGGUCAGUUAACCUCUCAACAGUUAAAUGAAGAGGCUCAUCGGGUUGAAUCUGAAAAAAGCGCUCAAGUGAAGCAAAUGCAGCAAAACGCAGCACAGUCAAAGAGAGAUGACUGUCCAUGACCAAAGAUAGCCUCAAAGAUAUCAUGUAAAUAGUUUUGAUUAUUUUUAAAAAUUGUUAAUAGACACUUCAUGGUUCUGGACAACUGUGGUCUCUCUAAUAUUCUAAUAGAAGAUGGGUUUUUUUGUGUGUGCAU